CAGAGGUGUGGCUAUGAAUGACAUCUAAUUCAUAUACGAGAAAAACCUGUUUGAACUGUAAUAGUUACCUGAGCACAUCAGAGAGAGGAAGGCCAGUUUAUUUAUUUAGCUUUCGUUGUGAUAUCAAUUUAAUUUCUGUCGGGACAAUGUGGGACAAUGAAGACGUGGAAGACAUGGACACAUCAGACCCCCCGUUGUGGUGGUAUUACCUGGCAGACUGUGGAAGGUGGCACAGAUUUGAGGAUGACCCCGAUAACCCCCUGAGGAGCGAGGAUAUUGAAAAAUAUUACAGAAGAAACUCAAAAGCAGUGUUAAGCAGCUCUUCAUUCAAUUGUCGCUACAAGAUCGAUUUCUCAGCAAUGUUAAAGACUGACCUCAUCACAGGAUGGCAAAGACGAAUCCAACGGGGGGGCUACAACAUUGAGAGAAGUUGCUCCUGCUUCAGUGCUUCUCCGGUCAUCUGGGAAAAGGUUGAUCCCACUUGUCCAUACCAGUUAAUCCCUCUGAGUGAAUUAACCGAUGAGUAUCAGACUGUGGCAGAUUAUGUGAAGACGGAUGGGCUGUUGCACAGAUCCAUUGUAUCAAUCAGCAGGAUACAGAAUUUGGACCUAUGGGACAUAUAUUGUCGCAAAAAGAAGCAGCUAAUGAGAAUCCAAGGGGUCAAAGAAAUUCAGGAGAGAAGACUCUUUCAUGGGACUAAAAUCACAAACGUUGACAGCGUUUGCAAGUAUAACUUUGAUAUACGGAUAGCUCGACAUGGCGUGUAUGGCACAGGAAUAUAUUUUGCACAACAUGCAGCAUUUGCGGACAAAUACAGCACAAGCAGCACGGAUCCAUUGCCGCUGUAUGGCGGGGAAACACGAGGCGUGAAGGGUGAAUACACUAAAAUAAUAUUUCUGGCUCGUGUGAUAGUCGGAAAAUCAACCGUUGGACAGAAGUAUUUCAAAAAACCUGAUCAUGGAAGUGAAAACUCCCACUACAGCUGCGUGGAUGAUAUCAAACAUCCCAAGAUCUUUGUCAUUUUUGAUCCAAAUCAAAUAUAUCCAGAGUAUUUGAUUCAGUACAGAUGAAGUCAACAUGUCUACCUAGAAUCUGCAGUUAUAUGAAGGAAUGAAAGCUAUAUGUUUACAUACGUUUAGCUAUAAAAAAGAAGUAGUUGUACAAAUAUUAAAAGGUCCCAUAUUGUAAGAAGUGAGAUUUUAAUGUCAUUUCUUAUUGUAAAGCAGGUUUAAUUGCUAUAUGAAUACUGUGAAAGUAUCUAAACGCUCAAUCCCUGU